GGCGGGGCCGAUCGGAGCCGAGCCGCGCGGCAGCGCGUUGCUCACGGCCCUCGGAGCAGCCCAGCCGCCAUGUCGCGGGGCGGAGGGAAGGGGCAGAGCCUGAAGGAUAAACUGGAUGGCAACGAGCUGGACCUGAGCCUCUGUGACCUGAACGAGGUGCCGGUCCGGGAGCUGGCUGCUCUUCCAAAAGCCACUGUGUUGGAUUUGUCCUGUAACAACCUCAUUUCCUUGCCGUCAGACUUCUGCAGUUUGAUGCAUCUGGUGAAACUGGAUUUGAGUAAGAACCGGCUCCAGCAGCUGCCCUUGGACUUUGGGCGCCUGGUCAACCUGCAGCACCUAGACCUCCUGAACAACCGUUUGGUCACCCUGCCAGUCAGCUUUGCACAGCUCAAGAACCUGAAGUGGCUGGAUCUGAAGGACAAUCCUCUGGAUCCUGUCCUGGCUAAAGUAGCAGGAGACUGCCUGGAUGAGAAGCAGUGCAAGCAGGCUGCUGUCAAGGUGCUGCAGCACAUGAAAGCCAUCCAGUCGGAGCAGGAUCGACAAAGGCAACGGAAGCUCCAAGCAGAGAGAGAGAUGGAGAAGAAGCGUGAAGCAGAACAGCGAGCAAAGGAGGCUCAAGAGAGGGAGCUGAGGAAGCGAGAGAAGGCAGAGGAAAAGGAGCGCAGGAGACGGGAGUACGAUGCUCAGAAGGCUGCAAAACAGGAGGUGGAAAAGAAAACUAAAAAGGAAACCAUGCAGACCCGAAAGCCCACCUCCAGCUCUCGUCCCCCACAGCCGCCCCGGCACAAGCACUCUUCUUGGUCACGGUCAGUGCUCAGAAUCCUGCUCUUUCUGCUGCUGUGUGUCCUCUGUGUUUUGGCCACCUGCAAGCUGACAGAGCUGCAGCGUCAACCUCUGUGUGUCAGCGUGAACACUCUCUACGAGGAUGUGGUGGCUGCUCUGCAAAACCACAAAACCCUGCAAAACAUGCUACAACAGAACUCGCAGCACUGAUUGUCCUGGACGGGCACUUGCUUCGUCAGCAUCUCCUUCCACCAUCUACGCAGCCAGAAUUCCUAUGGAAUUGUGUUCUGAUGAAACUGCUUUUAAUCAGUCAGCAUUGGUUUGCUGGUCCACUCCACACAAAGCAGAGUUAUUGCUCACAUCAUCUUUGCUGUGCAUGUUUCCCAGUUGGCCUGUAACUCCCAUUACUUGCCCACGUUAACCUAAAGUCAUUAAUACUUCUUACCUCCAGGGGAUCUUUACCCAGAUAGUGAGAUACAGAAAGCUGCCAAUCCAUAGGAGUGGAAAAAAAAAGCCUUUGCAUUACCUAGGUAGCUAUAGUUGUGUCUUGGAGGUGGAAGGUUUUUAAUACAUAUCCAUUCAUUGCUCUCAUUUCUAUUUGUGCUAAAAUUGAUGAUAUGGCUGUAUGGGAAUAAUAAUGAAGGCCUACUCCAGGACCAAUUACAAGUGUGUAGGAUGGCUGUGCAGCCACAUGUUGGAGCGAAGAAGCUGAUGUACUAGUGAAAGGAGCUGAAAAUUUUCAAUACAACAGUUUUCGCAGCA